AUGUCACAGAUGUGCCAGUCUUCAACAGGUCAGAGUGAUCACAGUGAACAAGAGGAGGAGGAAGAUGAUGAAGAAGAGGUGGAUUCUGACCUGCUGCAGAAGGGUGUCCAGGACAGCACAAUAGAAAACUCAGACUGUGAAAUUUACCUGAAAGCCUGCCAGUUAGUGGGUGUAGUCCCAGUGUCACGCAUCCUGCGCAACUUUAACAGCCCUUCCCUCAAUUUAAACCACCGUGGACUGGGACCAAGGGGAGCAAAGGCUCUUGCCAUCAUGUUGGUGAGCAACACUUCCAUCACCUCUCUGGAGCUUGAAGAUAACCAUAUCCAGGCUGAGGGCGCUGUGUCCCUGACAGAAAUGUUGAGCGUAAACAGCACCAUUCAAGACUUGAACAUGAGCAACAACCACUUGAACUCUACUGGUGCUGUCCUCUUUGCAAAAGUGAUUCUCAGCAAUACAUCUCUAAGAACAAUUAAGCUGUCUGGAAAUCAGUUCAAAGAUGAAGAUGCCAAAGGCUUUGCAGAUGUCUUGUCAUCCAAUUUUAGAGUGAAAGAACUUGACCUUAGCCACAAUCAAUUUAGAGAAAAAGGAGGCGAGUGUCUUGGACAGAUGUUAGCCAAUAAUGAUGGACUGGAAGUCAUCAACCUGAGUUGGAACCAUUUGAGGAUGAAGGGUGCAGUAGCUCUGUGUGCUGGGCUCCGGGUUAACAUCACCCUAAAGAUUCUUGACCUUUCGUGGAAUGGUUUUGGGAGUGAAGGAGCUCUGGCCCUGGGGGAAGCCUUAAAGUUCAACAACACCUUGCUACAACUGGAUCUCAGCAGCAACCGAAUCACAAAUGAGGGAGCUGGCAUGAUCUGCAAAGGACUGGAAGCCAAUGACACUCUUAAAGUGCUGAAGCUAUCAAACAAUCCUUUGACUGUGGAAGGAGCCAUACUACUCCUGACAUCUGUGGAAAACACCCAUAAAUCUGCACUGGAGGAACUAAAUAUCUCGAAUGUCCUCGUUAACGAAACGUUCCUCCUUCUCCUGGAAAAGACAUGCCAGGUGCACCAAAGCUUGGAGGUCAUCUUUGGAGGGAUUGGAGGCUUUGUUGCUAAGAAGCCAAAGCAUCGACCCGACCCAAUGAAAGUGAUCCAGGACUAUCUGGAUGAGCGCAAGCUGCGUCUCUGGGAUUUCUUCAGGAAAAUUGAUAAAGAUGGUUCCAUGAGAGUGCCCGUCUCUGAUUUCCGGAAAGCCAUUCAGCAAUCUACCAUCCCUCUUGACCGGGUUCAAAUCGAGGAGCUGGUACAGAGGCUAGACAAGGAUCGGACUGGGAUAGUUGAUUACAGGGGCCUUGCAGACACCCGCAAGCAGAUGAUGCGAGACCACCGGCGCAUGCUGAGGAAGGAGGAAUCACGACAGAAAAAGGAGAAACAGAAAAGUGACCGAGUGCUGAAAACUUUCCACAGUGCUGUAGAAGCAGUCACUCCUCGCAGCUCAAUCGUUAUGUCAGCUGGGGGUCAAAGGUACCCAGAUGAUUCCAACAGCCUUCAUUACUUCUCAACCACACCUCUGAGUUCAUGGCACAAUGCAGUCACCAGGCAUUGCAGUCCCUGUUCAGAACCUAAUAUGAGCUCUGAACAUGUCCGCUUCCCGCUUAUUGCAAGCACAAUGAACAGCUCUCCGGAAAGCUCCCUGGAUGUCCGCAGCUAUUCCCAACCUAACUUGCAUUCACGUUCUCAGAAUGUCUGUGAAGCCAGAAGUGCCUCAGCUUCCAUGGUUCAGUCCAGGUCACACCGUUGGUCAAGCCUGACCCCCACUGCCAGAACAACAACUCCUGUUGUGCUGACCCAGUCCAGACCAGCCUUACUAGAACCUAGACCACAAAGAAAAAAGAACACUACAAAAAGGCCUAGCAAAUAAACUACAUGCCCCAUUGUGCACUAAUGACUUCUUCUAAGUGUAUAGUUCUAGUAGAAAGUUAAAGCAGAAAGAAAGGUUAUAAAAUGAUGUCAAAGUAUAUGUAUGGUUUAAACUGGUCUACCUGCAGCAUAUGCACACAUCAUCAAUUGGUAUCCCUUUAGUCGAUGUGACAAUGAAUGAUGCUACUGUAUUUAGGGUAGAAACUCAUUUUAAACAAAGGACAUGUUCAGUGACCAUUUUUCAGAGAAAGAUCAAUAAGAACAGUGCUAAUUCUUCAUUUCAAAUGAUGUUCAUGGU